GCAUGUCUUCAGUGUGGUGUAUUGUACACGGAACAAAGGACAUUGGGCUUAGUAUAUCUUAUACACUGGAGCAGUAUGUCAGCGCCUUUUUGAUGCCAGAAGAUGGGAGAAAUAGUAAAGCAACUUAAUGAUGAAUUGCGUGGAAAGGAAUAUAUGCGCCAAUCCAAUCAACCAAAGUUUUUAUACAAAGAAUUCAGUAGACCAGUCCGUGCAGCGAACCAUUUAGAGAAUCGUUUGAUGUUGGAAAGGAUCGCCAAAGCUGCCCAUCUCAGCAAACGUAACCACUUUAAAUACGACCGUGAACUGGAUAUGAUUCACGAACUUGAGAAAACAUUAACUAUAAAAUCUAUUGACUUUGAUGGAGAGGAAUUUCAUAAAGACCACGAAAAACGACGUCACUUUCCUUUCACCAAAGUCCAUUCAGUGGCCGAUAUUCUGGACAGAGUUCCCAACAAUUGUGUUUUGGAAUUUGGACCAGGAAAUCAGAUCAUUGAAAAAAGACCCAAAAGCAAAAGGAACAUUUACACCCAACCAUUUGAGAACGAUAGGCAACGUUCACGACCUCCAACAAGACAAGGAAAACAAAAAUAUCCAGUUCUGUCAAAUAAUAUCAAACAAGGGAGGUCCCAGUCGGCAUUUCAACGGUCUACGAGAAAGUUACCGCAUGGUCUUCAGACUCGACCAAACACCAGUCACUUUUCACGGAACCCGGGGCCAAAAGGGGAGAGUUCUCCAACGGCGAAUAGAUUGACCAUAAAUAUACUGUCUCUCAAUCGUCCUAUGACGGGAAUAUCUCAAACUAGGCCUAGUGAUUCUGAAGGACAGUUUUGUACUAAGAAGGGCUCCGAUACACCAAAUGAAGAUGAACACAAAUCGAAAUCAUAUCGGACUUUAAAAACUAUGUUCACAUAUAAAGAGGAUAACGAACCACCCGUACCCGACAAAAAAGUCGAAUCCUUGAAAAGAUUAAAGGCAAAAGAAAAACUGACAUUUCAGAAUUUAGAUAGUCGUGUUAAGGCAUUUACAAAGAAAUUAUGUAAAACAAGACAAUAA